UUUUUGAAGUGAUGUAACGUGAUAUCAAUGAUAUAUUUUUUAUUUAUCUUUGCCAGAAAGAGGAUAUGAAGAAGAAAUCUUUAUAACAUUUGUUAAAUGGUCAAAUCGUUAAGUUUGUUCCCAGUUUUGAUUGCUGACCAAAUAUUUUGUUUUGAAUACUUUACUAUAAAUAUAUAUACAUUUUCGUGUUGAAACAACACAGAAAUAUUAAGUCUCACAUCGACCUUUAAUUGUUUUUCUAGAAAAUGGCGAAACUACUAGCUUUGUUUUGCCUCUUCUCCUACAUCAUUGUCUUGUCCUUGUGUUCAGUCUCAGCAGCCAUAGAUGAUAACCAAGACCAACAGGUCUACGUCGUCUACAUGGGUGCACUUCCGUCUAGCGAGGUCUACACACCAAUGUCCGAUCACAUGAAUAUUCUUCAAGGAAUCACCGGAGAGAGUUCUAACGAAGGUCGUUUGGUGAGAAGUUACAAGAGGAGUUUCAACGGGUUCGCCGCUCGACUCACUCAGUCAGAACGAGAAAGAAUAGCCAAUAAGGAAGGAGUUGUGUCUGUAUUCCCUAAUAAGAAUCUACAGCUCCAAACGACUACCUCUUGGGACUUCAUGGGGUUAAAGAAAGGAAAGGCCACGAACCGGAACCUGGCCGUGGAGAGUAACACCAUUAUUGGAGUCAUCGAUGCUGGGAUCACGCCGGAAUCUGAAAGCUUUUCUGACAAAGGCUUUGGUCCUCCUCCUCAAAAAUGGAAAGGUGUUUGCUCCGGAGGCAAGAACUUCACGUGCAACAACAAGCUGAUUGGUGCAAGGGACUACACAAGCGAAGGAUCUAGGGACACUGUUGGACAUGGUACACAUACAGCGUCCACAAUUGCUGGAAACGCUAUUCAAGACGCAAGCUUUUAUGGACUUGGAAAUGGAACCAUGAGAGGAGGCGUUCCGGCCUCAAGAAUUGUCAGUUACAAAGUUUGCACCUGGUUAGGGUGUAGCUCCGAUAGUAUAUUGGCUGCCUUUGAUGAUGCGAUUGCAGAUGGUGUAGACAUCAUUAGCAUCUCCGUUAAUAUGGGAUACCCCUCACCUUUUGAAGAGGACCCGGUCGCUAUAGGAUCUUUCCACGCUAUAGCCAAAGGGAUUCUCACUGUGAAUUCAGCCGGUAACAACGGUCCAGAACCGAAAACGCUAGAGAGCGUAGCUCCGUGGAUCCUUACGGUUGCUGCCAGUAACACCAACCGUGCGUUUUUAACGAAAGUUGUUCUCGGUAACGGUAAAACACUUGUUGGGAAGUCAGUGAACACGCUUGGUUUGAAUGGAACAAUGUAUCCUCUUGUGUAUGGAAAAUCUGCUGUUAAUUCGUCUGCAUGCAGCGUGGAAUCGGCAGAGAAAUGUGAAGAAGGGUGUCUUCAAGAAUCCCUAGUGAAAGGCAAAGUUGUGGUUUGCAAUUCCACGGAUUCGUACGAAGCUCUUGCAAAUGGAGCUGUUGCAGGCAUUUCUCUCAACCGUACACCAAACGUUGCCUUUGUCACUUCUUUUCCCCUCUCUGCUUUAUCACAAGAAGACUUAAACUCUCUUGUUUCUUACAUUAAGUCCGAAAGUUCUCCAGUGGCUACUGUUCUAAGAACUGAGGAAAGUUUUAGUCAGAUAGCUCCAGUCGUUGCUGCUUUCUCUUCUCGUGGUCCAAACACCAUAGCAACUGAUAUUCUCAAGCCGGAUAUAUCAGCACCAGGAGUGGAGAUCCUCGCUGCAUUUUCACCUGAGGUUUCACCAUCCUCAAGUGUAUAUGACACAAGACGUGUGAAGUACUCUGUUCUCUCCGGCACUUCAAUGUCUUGUCCACAUGUUACAGGCGUGGCCGCGUACAUCAGGACGUUUCAUCCUCAAUGGUCUCCUUCCAUGAUCAAAUCCGCCAUUAUGACAACCGCUUGGCCGAUGAAUGCUUCUGAAACUGGCUUUGUAUCAACCGAGUUUGCUUAUGGAGCUGGCCAUGUGGACCCAAUAUCUGCUACUAAUCCUGGACUCGUAUACGAUUUGACUAAAGCAGACUACACUGCCUUCCUCUGCGGCAUGAAGUACAAUGCAACUACCGUGAAACUCAUAUCCGGUGAAGCCGUCACUUGCACUGGAGAAACCUCACCAAGAAACCUUAACUAUCCUUCAAUGUCGGCAAAGUUGUCGGGAUCUAAAAGUUUCUUCACCGUGAUUUUCAAAAGAACCGUCACUAACGUGGGUACCCAAAACUCUAUAUACAAUUCAAAAAUUGUUUUAAAUCACGGAUCUAAGCUCAACGUCAAGGUCUUCCCUAGCGCCUUGGUUUUUAAGAAGGUGAACGAGAAGCAGUCAUUCACGGUAAUUGUUACAGGCAGCGCUCUCGAGUCAAAACUGCUUUUGUCUGCAAACCUUAUCUGGUCUGAUGGCACUCAUAAUGUGAGAAGCCCCAUUGUUGUUUAUAAAAGUGAGUGAGAAUAUAAAUUAUGUAUAAACAUCAACAUAGUUUAGUUUCAAAACAAAUUUAGUUUACCUAGUAUGUUCUGUAAUUUCUUCAACAUACAAAACACAGUUUUCAAGCAAUGACAAAUAGUAAUAUUUUUAGGAAAAAGAACAAAACACAAUUUUCAAGCAAUAUGACCAAAACGACUAUUUUCUAAUGGUUUUGCAGCUAUAUGCAUCUAAAUUUUCAACUAGAUCCUUAAAGAAAACUGUAGUGUUUUUUUUUGUCCUUGUUUUGCAAUAACUCCUUGAUGUCUUUAAGAGAUUAAGAAGUGCAUUUAAACCAAAAUAUAAUCUGUUGAUUAAAGUAAAAGAAUAUUUCCAGUCUAUUCAUUAGGAUAUCAUUCGUGUUUACCAAAACAAUAUGCUAUCAAUCAUAUCUUCUUCAAAAUAAGAUUUAAAAUAUUUUAAAAUUCUAUUUAAACAACAAAAUAUCACAAAAUAAACAACUAUUUUUAUAAAAAAUACAUAAAUACAUAAUUAUUACGAAAACUUAAA